CCGAAGAAGAAGCGUCUGCGUGGUUCGUCUUCCAGCUCAGCGUUUUAUUUCCUGAGAUUUUCUGUUCUUCUUACUCGUUUUGUUUCUCGUGGAAAAAGGGAAUAACACAACAAAGUUGCCAAGAUGCCGCGAAUCAUGAUUAAAGGAGGCGUUUGGCGCAAUACGGAGGAUGAAAUCCUCAAAGCAGCGGUGAUGAAAUAUGGGAAAAAUCAGUGGUCUCGUAUCGCCUCUUUGCUCCAUCGCAAGUCGGCCAAGCAGUGCAAAGCCCGAUGGUACGAGUGGCUCGACCCCAGCAUCAAGAAAACGGAGUGGUCCCGAGAGGAGGAGGAGAAGCUGCUUCAUCUGGCCAAGCUGAUGCCCACCCAGUGGAGAACCAUCGCGCCCAUCAUAGGACGCACGGCCGCCCAGUGCCUGGAGCACUACGAAUACCUGCUUGACAAGGCGGCGCAGCGAGACAACGAGGAGGAAGUGGGAGAGGACCCCAGGAAGUUGAAGCCGGGAGAGAUCGACCCCAACCCCGAGACCAAACCGGCCAGGCCCGACCCCGUGGACAUGGAUGAGGAUGAGCUGGAGAUGCUGUCUGAGGCCAGAGCUCGACUGGCCAACACGCAGGGCAAGAAGGCCAAGAGGAAGGCCCGAGAGAAGCAGCUGGAGGAAGCCAGGCGUUUGGCGGCGCUGCAGAAGCGCAGAGAGCUGAGAGCCGCGGGCAUCCACAUUGGGAAGAAGAGGAAGAAGAAGCGAGGAGUGGACUACAAUGCCGAAAUCCCCUUUGAAAAGAAACCUGCCGCAGGCUUCUAUGACACCAGCAUGGAGCUCUACGACCCCCUGGCGCCCAAUUUCAAGCGUCUCCGGCAGCAGCACUUGGACGGCGAGCUGCGCAACGAGCGCGAGGAGAGGGACCGCAAGAAGGACAAGCAGAAGAUCAAGAAGAAGAAGGAGAGCGACCUGCCCUCCGCCAUCCUGCAGACCAGCGGCGUGGCCGAGUUCACCAAGAAGCGCUCCAAACUGGUCCUGCCCGCACCGCAGAUCAGCGACGCUGAACUGGAGGAGGUGGUAAAGAUGGGUGUGGCCAGCGAGGUUGCCCGUCAGGCGGCCGAGGAGAGCGAAAACGCAAACGGCGCCUCGUCAACGUUGCUGUCGGAGUACAGCAUCACCAACACGAUGAACACGGGACUGCGCACGCCACGUACGCCUGCGGCUCAGGACAGGAUAAUGCAGGAAGCUCAGAAUCUGAUGGCGUUGACCAACAUCGACACGCCGCUGAAAGGCGGCCUCAACACGCCGCUGCACGAGAGCGACUUCAGCGGCGUGACGCCCCAACGGCAGCUGGUGCAGACCCCCAACACCGUACUCGGGACCCCCUUCAGAACUCCCGUGCAGGGCCAAGGGUCGGAGGGCAUGACCCCGCAAGCGGCCGGAGAGUUGACCCCACGCGGGGCAGCCACGCCUGGGCUGACCCCCGCACGCACGCCACUUAGGGACAAACUGAACAUCAACAGCGAGGAGCAGCUGGCAGACCCGUCGUACACCAAACACCAGCAACGAGAGAGCCUGCAGCAGCUCAGGCACGGCUUGAUGUCGCUUCCUGUGCCCAAAAACGACUUUGAGAUCGUCCUGCCCGAAAACGCUGAGAAGGAACUGGAAGAGACAGAGAUGGAGGUCGGCCACGUGGAGGACGCCGCCGAAGUGGCGGCGUGCAAGCAGGCCCAACGUGACGCCGAGAGGGAGAAGGAGCUGAAGCUGCGACACACGGCGGUGCGGAGGGGCCUGCCCAGACCCACCGAGGUGAACGAGUCGGUCCUUCGGCCGUCCUCCAUGGAGCCGCUGUCCGACCUUCAGGUGGCCGAGGAGCUGAUCAAGCAGGAGAUGAUCGCCAUGAUGCAUCACGACUGUCUUCACCAUCCGACGGCCGGCGCCGGCGGGCAGCCGCAGCGCGCCAAGGGCCGCGGGCCCGCAUCCGCCUCCAACAACGCCCUGCACAUCGCCUACCUGGACGCGCACGCGUACAACACCGUCAGCACGGACGACAUGGACAAGGCCAAAGCCGUCCUGGCGGCCGAGAUGGAGGUGGUGAAGGGGGGCAUGGGUCACGGAGACCUCAGCAUGGAGGCCUACUGCCAAGUGUGGGAGGAAUGCUACAGCCAGGUCUUGUACCUGCCGGGACAGAACAGGUACACCCGAGCCAACCUGGCGUCCAAGAAAGAUCGGGUCGAGAGCGUCGAGAAGAAACUCGAAGUGAACCGUGGUCACAUGACGGCGGAGGCGCGUAAGGCGGCCAAACUGGAGAAGAAGCUGAAGAUCCUUCUGGGGGGGUUCCAGUCCAGAGCGCUCGGCCUGCUCAAGCAGCACAAUGAACUCUGGGAACAGGUGGAGCAAGCGUCCACGGAGCUGGAGACCUUCACUCAGCUGAAGAGACAAGAAGACACGGCCAUUCCCAGAAGACUGGAGGCGUUGCGUGAGGACAUGGAGCGUCAGAUGGAUCGAGAACGGGAACUCCAGCAGCGAUACGGAGAACUUGUGACGGAGCGAGAAGCCCUGGUCAACAGCGCUCAAAAAUACUGAGCAUCGUUGAACGCAUCCUUUUUCCAACGUUUGAAAUGCGAUAAGCACCGUUCAAAGUGAGCGGGUGUCUUGCGCUCUCAGUGUCUGUUUAUGUGUUAGUGACCAAUAAAGUUUAUUUGGGCA